CAGUCACCAUUUGUUCCAACACCUAUUAACGUGACCACGCGGAGCUGGUGAUUUGGAUUCGCUUAGAAUUUAGCACAGUGUGUUAAUAUCUGAUAUAUCCUUACAUAGUUUGUAUGGUAGGAUAAUUCACAAACAUCCGGUCAACAAAGACAAUAUCAAUAAGACAAAGUUGCGAAACGGGGCUUGCUGUACUGUCGAAGAAGAAUGGAGGACAGCGAGGUGAAGACGGAGAUUUCCGAACCGAUGGAGUCUCAAAGCAACGAAGACAAAAUCGAUAUGUCACUCGAUGAGAUAAUCAAGCUGAACAAAAGAAAGCAGAAAGUGAACAGAGCAGUGAGCAGGGCAAGAAACAAUCGAGUCACCAACAGGAAUAAUGUCCUGAAGAAGCUCAACCAGGUCCCACAGUCGUGGAGGGGCCUGAGACGUGGGACGCUGCAGUACCAGGGGCCGAGUAGGUCACGUGGGCUGAGCAGAGGCAGAGGACCCGGGAGGCGGGGCACACUGAGGGGGAGUGGCAUGAGCCCUCUCAGCAGAGCUGCUGCAAGUGCACAGACUGAACAUUCACUUGGGCAACCUGCAGUCUCAUCCAGAGGUGGGUUCCGUGGCCGUGGAAGAGGAAGAGGAAGAGGAGGCUUAAGCAGGGGUGCUUUAUCAGUGCGAGGUCAGAGAGGUAGAGGAGGCAGGCCCUUUUUAUUAGACAGGGGGUUUGCCACUUCGAGAGGGCAUGAAAAGCUUGAAACGUAUCAGAAAAUAAGAAGUCAAAGAAUGGCAAGUUCUCCUGGAACCACACUGAGGGUGUCACUACCCAACACAACACUGGAUUCUACAACUCAGGGGAGGCCUGAGCGUGGUGGUGCAGUGCUGAGAGGCAGGUCAACUGAAGGUGGGGGCAGACCUACACCCAAAGGCAUCCCUCUCCGCUUCAAUUACAGAGGCACUACCAACCAUACUGGAGUAUCACUGAAUGAUCGUUUUACAAGCCUGAGGAUCAGAGGGUGGGGACUGAAAGCAGAGAGGGGAAGGGGGAGGGGUCUUGGAAGAGGUCGAGGAAGAGGGGAGAUUAGGGGAGGAGUAAGAGGCAGGCCAAAAGAAGGAUUGCCAGUGAGGAGAGGAGAAAGAGGAAGAGCUAGAGGUAGAGGUAGAGGAAGUAGGGCAGCGGCAUUAGGAGCAGGAAAAUCAGGCCGAACUGUCCUUCUUCAGUGAUGGGUUGCCAUGUGUAAUAAGUCAGUUGAAUGUGGACAUUUAUAGUCGUCAACAAGCUAUAAAGUUGACUGCCAAUAACUCUCUAUAUGACUUUUAAAUCAAUUUGUGACCCCUUGACUUUUACAAAACACCCUUUUUAUCUUGAAUCAUGUUGUAAAGCAAUCCUUAAUUAUUAUGAAUUUUAUGCUUUGGAAUUCAGAUUUUUAAAGUUGAUAUUUAUACUUAGAAUUGAAUAUUUUUGGAAUUGCAUGUUUCCAGUACACCACAAAAUGCAAUGAAGUGCCUUUAAUAUAUUUUGUAAAUACAUUAUUUGUUUACAAACUUUGCCUUUGUAUAUCACCAGUGAGACAGGUGUUUUGCAGUGUUGUGGGAAUGUAAAUAUUAAAUAUUUUGAUUUACAUUCAAAAAUAAACCCCUCAUUAAAGUAAAAAUUAAGCUUUUUGAAA